CUGACUCAAGGGUUAGGUUAGACACACAGACCUGAUUAACAAUAACUGAUAUAUUUUCAUAAUCUAUUCCAGAGUAUAUGCUGGGAUAAGAUAGCUGGGAUUUAAUAAAGAGCUUUCUUCCAAGUUGGAGUUUGGAUACUGUAUAAAUAGCCAAAAGAAAAGCACAUCAGGCAGUUUACGAGACAAUAUACUAUUGAUUGCCGAUAGUUGAAAAAAUGAAGCAUCGAAACUGGCGAUAGCAUGUUGUCCAAGAUGGAUUCUACUCACUACCUGACGCGACUUACUCGAUUACUCACCAUACUCACCAUAUUUGUGACGCUAGGGACUUCAUCUGUGAUCAUCACAAACAAUGCUAUCACAGUAAAGAUAGGAAGGGCCGUGUUUAUCGACCCGAAAGAUUUGACUUUUACUCCCACUGACACGUCAACUGUGUGUAAAGUUCGAGUUGUGACAAAUGACCCCAUCACGCAGAAAGUUGGCCGUAUUCAUCCACAGAUGUUUGAUUGUCAGUUUGGCCCCCAGACAGUAGAAUAUCGUCACUCUGGGAAUCCACACCUUACAAAGGACACUGUCAGACUUGAAGUUAUUCACACAACAUCCACUGGAUCCAGUAUUGAAACCUUCCUCAUUGAAGUGAACAUACUGAAGGCUCCAUAUAAUGUGUUUGUGAUCGAUCCUCGCUUUAAACCAUUGACAGUUGACAAUUUUUAUGGGACAUCAAACCCAAUCGAUUCGUCAGUUGUGAGGUUUAAUUAUGACACUCGUAGCGAUGUCUCAUGUCGAGUGAUGUACUCAAGGUUUAUAACGAACUACCCCAUGCAAGGUCAACUUGUAUUAGGAACACAGAAGAGGAUAACUGACUCAUUUAAGAAAAACUGUAGGGAUUUCCUAUUUAAAGGGUAUCAGUAUGAGCAUUUAGCGCCCCCUACCCCAGAUGUUGACUAUAUUCCCCUUACUGUAGAGGUUCAUGACCCAUCAGUGUCGAGUGAACCCAUAAUAGAACAAUACUUCCUUCCUGUACGUAUACAGGGUGCAUUCCCUAAUGUUAUGCCCAAAGCCUCAUAUGUGAACUCCUAUAUAAUGGAUGUGGAUGAAUUCCAAGUGACAACCAUUGACCCAAAGGUGAUUUCCGCUAAAGACUCUGAAACGCCUGAAGAAAAGCUGGUGUUUAAUUUGAGUAAACCAUUUGGUCCUGGUGAGGGCCACUUGGUCCAUGACACAGACCAUUCUACCCCAAUCUUCUCCUUUACACAAGAAGAACUGAUGAAUAACAAUAUAGCUUACAAGCCACCUAAUCAGAGAUACACAGAACGUAAGGACUACUCAGUUGAGCUUACUGUAUAUGACUCAAGCUUUACUAGUAGUGAACCCAUUACACUUCAUGUAGCAGUGCACCCUUCAAACUCUCAUGUUCCUCAUGUUUUAAUCAACAAACCCCUCAUUAUAGUUGAAGGACAAUCACAGAUGGUUUCUCAAGAUACAAUACAACUAGAGAAGGACACUGUUAUUCUGUCUGUCAAGGGAGGUCUCAACCAUGGUCAGCUGACAGUGAAUGGCCAACCAGCUAUGAGAUUCACUGCAGGGAAUAUUAGAGCAAGGGAGGUAUUCUAUACCCAUGAUGGAAGUGACACCCUCACUGAUCAUAUUGCACUGAGAAUCACUGAUGGCAAUGAUGUUUUACAUGAGACUAUCCAUGUGACAAUCCUCCCCCUGGAUGACAGUCCACCAUAUGUGUUAAAGAACCUUGGUCUUAAGCUUAAGGCAUCAAACACGGCACCCAUCUCCCCAAAUAUUCUCUCAGCUCGUGAUCUUGACUCAGAGGAUUGUGAGAUCAAGUUCAUCAUCACAAGGCCACCAAGAUUUGGCGAAAUUCAGAAAACUUACAGACCAAUGACUGUGGGAAGACACAACUCUGACUUCACACAGGAUGACUUAAAUAAUGGCUACAUAUAUUACAAGCACUAUGGCGAUGAGGAAUACAAAGAUAACAUCUUGUUUAAACUCCAAGAUCACGCGGAUCCUCCUAACGAAUCCAAUGAGUAUAUGUUCAAAAUUGAAAUAAUUCCAAUCAAUGAUAAGCCACCAAUGAAUGUGCCAGAUAUGUCCCAACAAAUCAUUGUGAAAGAAACUGACGUGGCUACUAUAAGAAAGAAAGAUUUGGAGUACACUGAUGUUGAAUCUGAUCCGAGUGACUUGGUCUAUACAGUGGUAACACAGCCAUAUUAUCUGGACACUAGAGAAACCAUUGAUGGUGGUAGACUGAUCUACAUAGCAAACACUAAAGUCCCUGUGAUCAAAAACAACAGCAUACCACCUGUGUAUUUCUUUACACAGAGGGAAAUCAACCAAGGUAAAAUAGCAUAUAUGCCACCUUUAGAAGACAUUGGCCCAAACCCUAAAAGAGUUCGUUUUGAGUAUGCAGUUUCUGAUCAAGCUGAUAAUCGCAUCAUCGAACAAGUGUUUGAUAUCAUAAUCAAACCAGUGAACAAUCAACCUCCAGAUAUGUCUACCCAAAAACUCAUCUCAAGGGAAGGCGGCAGUGUGAGAAUAACAACCAAUGAAAUCUCUGCAUUUGAUGUAGACACUCCCCUGGCAGAACUAAUCUUUAAACUCGAGUUCACUCCCCAACAUGGCCAGAUUACAAUGGGGAACAGGCCUCUGGAGGAGGGAGAGCAAUUCAGUCUCAUAGACCUGAUGGAUCAAAAGCAAAGUUUCCGGUAUUUUCAUGAUGGAAGUGAGUCAAAGAUGGACAUGUUUGGCCUGACAGUGUCUGAUGGUAUACACCAACUUUCCAAAGUCAUCUCGAUCCUCAUUAAACCAAUCAAUGACCAGAAACCAUGGUUACCUGAAGAUCUCCAGAGUGAACUUACUGUCCUUGAGGGUGAUGAAGUUGCUAUAACGACAGAUAAUAUCCUGGCGCAUGAUAACGAUACUGAGCCAGAGUCACUUUCUUUCGUGAUUGUACGUCAUCCCAUAUAUGGUGAAAUUUUACAUAAAAGUGGGGGAAGAAUCAAUCAGUUUUCUCUGAAUGAUGUUGAAGAGGAACUUGUUGUGUAUAAACAUAGAGGUGAUGAAAUUGGCCCUGAGAACCAAGAAGAUUCCAUGACAAUAAUGGUCACUGAUCAAGCAGCAGGAUACCUUGGAGCAAAUCCAUUAUAUGAUCUAAACUUCCAAAUUCUUCCAGUCAACAAUCAAAGGCCAAACAUUGUCCCUGGUCCUCCUAUGUUUGUUAACGAAGGGGAAAAGGUGAAGAUUACUGAUGAGGAUCUUAGUGCACUUGAUAGGGACACCAAAGCUGGUGAUCUUGUGUUCAAGAUAACCAAACAACCAGAAUGGGGCAUAAUUGAAAACUCUGCAUUGAAUGAUAUAGAUGGCAAAUCAGUGAGAGAGUUCCGAAUGAUUGAUAUUCUGAAUGGUGAAAUAAGCUAUAUACAGUCGAACCAUACUGGUUUUGAGCCACAGAGGGACAGCUUUGAUGUCUAUGUCCAUGAUGGACAGCUCACUUCACCCAUUGUCUCAAUCAGCAUCACAAUAAUACCUCAGAAUGAUGAAACUCCCGAGUUAGACGUUGAAAAUCUGAUCAUCACAGAGGGCUCUGAGAAAAUGAUUGAUCCUGGCAUGAUUAAAGUAAGAGAUGAUGACAUCCCCAAUCAAAUCCUGACCCUAUCUGUUGACACCACACCUCGACAUGGGAAGCUUAUGCUGAUGCAUGACCAUGGGAGAGGUAUGGUGGAGAUGGCCCUUCAUGACGUAGAUCUUGAGGAACUACAGAAAGAUGUCCAUCUUGUCUAUAAACACGAUGGCUCUGAAAACUUCAAUGAUGUCUUUACGCUUAAGGUGACAGAUGGAAAACAUGAGGUCAAGAAAUCUUCAACAGUGAGAGUUACGCCUAUUAACGAUGAAAAGCCUAAGGUCGUGAAAAACAUGGGAUUAUACAUACAACGUGGAGGUUCUGGCCUCAUCUCAAACUCUGUUCUCCAGACAAAUGAUAAUGACACUCCAGAUAAUGAGACAUAUAUUAUACUGACUGAGACUCCCAAAAGAGGUGUGCUGCAGUAUAGAAUGGAUGCCAUCCCUGCACUAUUGAGAACAGGCGGUUAUAACGAACCCGACACAUUUUGGCGAGAAGUGAAUGUUGGAACUAAUUUUACCCAAGAGGAUAUUAACAGGAACCGCAUUCGCUACACACUCACUAAUCAAAUAGAGGAAACCACAUCGGACCAGUUCAGGUUUAAAGUGACUGAUGGUAAUAACUACACCCCUGAUGAGUAUUUUGACAUUGAAAUAAUAAAUUCAAGAAGAGGAGGCUUGGGGAUGCACAGCAGGAUCUUAAAGGUUAGAGAACGAGAUACAGCUAUCAUAUCAAAUGCCUACCUAAGUGCUAGUGAUGAGAUUUCACCUUCAGAGCUAAUAGAGUACUUUGUAACGAAACCUACCAGUCAGGGCUGGCUUUCAUUUAAUACUGAGCCUAGUAAAUCUAUUACCAACUUUACGCAGCAAGAUAUUCAAGCUGAGAAACUCAUUUACACUCACAACAGCAAAGCUGAUAUUACAACUGACUUCUUUUACUUCCUAGUUAAGAACAGCCUCAAUGAAAAACAGAAUGGGACAUUUUACAUAGAAAUUGAAACAGUUGAUGAAGCCCAACCUAGCCUCAUCACAAAUGUUCCCCUUGUAGCUUACCAAGACACCUAUACAGUAAUCACUUCCUCUAAUCUGGCUGUGAGUGAUCCUGAUAGUGAUAUCUCCCUGCUCUUCUAUCACAUCAACAGGCACACACAUUUCGGAAAACUCUAUAAUAGAGGUAUAAUGGUCAAGGAAAAUUUCACCCAGUAUGACAUUGAUAAUGGGUACAUCACGUAUAAAACAGAUGAUGAAAAUGCGGAUAUGGACCAUUUUGUAUUCACUGUCAGUGAUCCCAACAACAAUGGAUUCCUGAAGAAUGGUACACUCCAACUGCGACCAGUCAUGUUCAGCAUACUCAUUCACUCCAUAAAGAACUUCCGCCCGAUCAUGCGUGUGAAUAAAAAGCCAGAUAUGUUAGAGUCUAUGCCACUGGGGAGGUUUGGCUACAUUAUAAGUAGUCGGUUCCUCCAGGCUGAGGAUGCAGAUACAAAGACAAGUAACUUACAGUAUGUCAUCACUAAGAUGCCUCAGCAUGGUGUUCUGGAGAAUGUCAUCUCUCGCAGACAGGUGAAGCGGAAAUUCACCCAGAAGGACAUUAAUGAUGGCAAUAUUGCUUAUGUCAUAAAGGAUGGUGCAAAGGAAACCAACGAUUCGUUCAUCUUCAAGGUGCAAGAUACCAAAAAGAAUGUGCUUUUGAACCAGAAGUUUACAUUGGAGUGGUCUUCCAUCCAAUUUAUCAGUGCCACAUACAUGGUGUGCGAGAAUAUAGGUAGUCUGUCACUGGGGAUAGUGCGCACAGGGGCCAUGGACCAGACAGUGUUUGUAAGCCUCAAGACCAGAAGUAUGACUGCCAAGAAUGGGAGAGACUUUGAGCCAAGCAGAACUAUACAGAUACAGUUUGACCCUGGUGAUGCUAUGGUGAACUGGGAUGUGACUAUCAUUGAAGAUGACUUGGAUGAAGAGAGUGAAAAGUUUAAAGUGUCAUUAAAGGCACCUGUUAAUGCAAUGCUGGGCCAGAAUGAUAAGACAACUAUUGAAAUCAUCAAUGCUAAAUAUGGUGAAUGCCCAGAGUACAUAGGUAUGAUCAGUAAGGACCAUCCCCACCUCCCCAUGCAGUUCAUUCCUCAUGCCCAUGGCACCGUCAACAGCAAGACAAGCACCAUCCUUCUCUCUAUGAUAAAUAAAACUAUAACUGGUGAUGAUGACAAUGGCAAAGAGAAAACAAAUACAGAUGGUUUCGAAAAGGAGGAUGCAGAGAUUAAGCAAGUUGGUGCAAUUAACCCAGAACUUGCUAACCUAGACCCCUAUAUAUCAGUUUUUGAUAUGAAACCUAGUGCAGCUGAACCUACAAAGCAACCCACUAAGAGAAAGAAAGGCAAGGGGAAGAAACAUCGACGUAAGCAUGCUGGGACAGAUGGACGAAGCAGAGGGAAACGAAAAAAAGGGAAAGGCAAGAAAAGGAAAGAAAAGGUCAAAAUGCCUGAAGUAGAGCCUGCAACAUUUGGUGAACUUGAUGAAGCACAGAAUACUGAUGAACAUACCAUACCAAUGCCACAUGAUCAUCCAAAUUUUGGUAAACACGAAACUGAAGCCAUUGAUUCCAAAAUUGAUAAAAAGGAUUUUGAUAUAUUUAAAGCUGGUGUGUUUACAGGGGAUCCAUUCACAGAGGAAAUGCUUCCCGAAGUACACACUGAUAAAUUUGAUAGAGAUAUGGUAUCCACUGAGGCUGAUCUCAAUGAGGAUACCACUGAGGAAGAUGGUGUGACAGUAGAAACAGGAGAUCUGCUUCCUACUGCAUUUCCAGAAUAUAUUGUGACACAAGACAAUCCCAAAAAUGUUAAAAUUCCUAUUCAUAACUUCGAAACAAUUGAAAACAAAGACUUUUUGGACUUUAACACCCCAACAGAAGUGGAUGAGAAAAAGAAGAAGACAAAGAAGAAAGGAAAGGGGAAAAAGAAGAUGAAAACAAAAGAAUCAAAAAGUAUAUUAUCUCAGAAUGAUAUGAAAGAUAAAAUUCAAAAUGAGCAAGAAAUAAAUGCUCCCCAAAGUUGUAAUGAGGCCACUAAGGGACUGUUACAUUUUGACUUUACGACUCAGCGUUUGUUCCGCUGUAGUGGUGUAAGCUGGUUGCCUUGGCAUGCUAGCCAUAUAGACCAACCACAGGCCUCUGAUAGCAGGGUUAUACAAUGUGAACAGGGGUGGAGUGUAUACAAUAGUGUGUGCUACAGAGUAUUUUCAAUCAAGAAGGAGUGGAAUGAAGCAGAGAAGAUCUGCCAGGUGGAACAUGGCGGCCAUCUUGCUUCUGUCACAUCAGAAAAACAUCUUCAUUGGUUGGCAAAACUAGCCAACAAAAACAUGUUUUGGAUAGGUCUGAAUGAUAAGCGUGAGUUGAAGCAAUGGGAAUAUACCAGUGAAAACGAAGUGACUUAUAUGAAUUGGAGAAGAGGCUUCCCCAGAAACAAACAAGUGUUCCAUAAAAACUGUGUUCUGGUUUUGUCUUCACAAAAGUGGGUCAAUAGACCAUGUGUAAAGAGUAAAGCUCCAUAUAUAUGUUCCAAAAAGUAAUUGUAUAUAGAUGUAUUAUGUCCCCACACUUGCCACCAAGCUUCUAUUUAUUGAGUUUUUGUACAUUUCAAAAGAUGUCAUGUUAGUCAAAUGCAUCUCUUGUAAAUUCUUGAAACUGGAUUAUAGUUUUUGGUUGGCACAGUUUUGUAAUGUUUUUUAAUGUUUUCUCAAAUCUUUUACAUAAUCUCUCAGCAUAAUUUAGUUUUGAAACAUUUUGAUUUGAUGAAUAUUUACCUGAAAGCAAUGAAGACAACAAUUUAAUUGAUCUGUAUGUACAGGUAUAUGCAUUGCUUUAUGUUUGUAGCACCUUUCAUUCUGCAUUUUAUCUUGUGCCUCAAUAAUCUGAAUAUCCAAAAGCAAAAAGGAAAUUGAUGCUACUUUUUAUAUUGACUUGUAUGACAUCUUUUGAAUUCCUAUACAUGUAUGUAAGCAAUGUUUAUAUUGCAACUGUAAAUACUUUAGAGGAUGGAAUUUCACAAAAUGGUGGAAAUACCAAACAGUAUGUAUAUAUAGAGUUGACUAAAAUAUUGUUAAAACUUUAAUAGAUGAUAUUGAUCGUCAUUACUUUGUGUCGCAGCAUAAAUCAAUAUAUGGUUAUGUAGAAUAUAUACAAGUGAAACAAAACAAAAAUAAAUUGGUAUCGAACUAGUGAAAUAUUGUUGGAAUCUUUUUUUUGAAGAAAUUGAGUUUGAAAUCUUGACUACUGGUAAUUAGUUAUUGUGAAUCAUUUGUUAUGCUUUUACAGUGGCCCAGAUUAUUUUUGAUUUACAAUAUACUAAACUAAAUAUACAAGACACACAUUUAAGAAUACCUUUUUUAUUCAGCAUCUUAAAUAAGUUUAGAUUAUUAUUGAAUUAAGAUGAAAGCAUAUUUGUGUUAAAAGUGAGAUGAAGCGUAUUUAAGGUGAAGAUUAAGAAAAGGGCCAGAAAAGAAUGUUCUUGUGUAUGGUCAUCAAAGAAAUGGUAGUAUUUGUUAUUUUUAAGAAAUAACAAAAAAAUUUUGCAAGUUGUUAGAAUACUUUGAAGGGUGUUAGACAGAUUAAUAUAUCAGAAAUGGAAGCAUUAUAUCAUUUUGUUUUUAUGCCUUUAAAUAAGUAUUUUAAUUUUUUACCAAUAUUGUAUGUUUUAACAGGGACAAGACCUCACUACUUAUUUCUGGCAAAUUGGCCCAUCAGCCAGGUGGCCAGAAAGACUAUUUCAUGGCCUAUAUUAAUGUGCAGAUACUAUGUGCAGUGCAAGAUAAAAUUGAUAUAUAUUGUCUGAUAUGUUUUGUUUCACAUAGUUCAAUAUCUGUAAGGUAGUCUCUGUUAUAUAUAUUAUUGUUGUAAACAGGUACAUGUAUUUACUGGUACCAACUAUAUUGCGCUAAACAAUCUUUAUAAUAACAGAAGUAUAUACGAGUAUUGUAGAAAUGCUAUACAGUGAGGCAUAUUUAUGUUUUGAAGUAAGUGAUAUGCUCAAAUGUACAUUUCUGCAUUAUUUAGACUUUACACAUACCUAUAGUCCUGUACAUUAGAGAUUUCCUCGUUUCAUUAAAUUCUAAAGCAAAGUAAAUGGACACUAGAAUUCAAUAUUUGAGAAUUGAUAUAUCCAUUAUAUUCUGAUAAUGAUGUACUGAGAAAAAACCUUUUUCAGUCUGGACAGAACCUGAAAUUUAAAUUACUCAAAUUCCUUAUUGAGAAUAGUUCCAACAGGUUGUGUGUAAGACUGUUACAAGGCACUGGUAUCUGACUAUGUGUUUGAUUGCAUAUUUAUGAGAUGUAUAUCUUAAUGUGAGAAUAAACAUGUAAAUUGUAAACAAUUUGAGAUGUGAUAUAUAUUUUUGAUGUUGAUAUCUUUAUCCAAAAGUUUAAACAUAUAGGCUUCAUCCAGUAAUCAAUAUUAGCACAAACCUAGAAGUAUUUAUUCAGCUGAUAUUUUCGACUGACAAAACAAAUAAACAGUUUUUAUUUCACAACUUUAUGAAUAAUCUACUUUUUAUUUACAACUAUGUAUAGUAUAAUAAUAUCAUGAUCUAUAAAUACAUGUCUAUAACUUUACAACAUCUGAUGUAAAAGAUAAAUUGAUGAACAAUGUGUUAAAUGCAAGUAUGUAUAGAUAAAUAUCAAUGAAAUAUAAUAUAAUAAUAAUAAUACAGGCAAUAUAUUUGGACCCUACAAAUCAUUUAAAUAAUAUAUACAUUCAAAGCAUUUUAGCUUCCAAUUUUUAUUCUAGGUAUAUUUGGGGGAGGGACAUGUGUGAGAGCAAUACAGUUUAUCUGGACCUUACAAAUCAUUUAAAUUAUAUAUACAUUCAAAGCUUCCGA